UUGGCUCACAGUCGCGUCAAUAUCUCUGCGCGACUUCUGUAGGCUGGCAGACUUCCUUCAAUAUUAUAUGUAGGAGAGAAAGGUAAAAGUACCAAUAUAUAUAAAAAAUGUUGCCGAUUCACAGCCAGGCUGGGACGCACUGAAUGGAUCAGCGCUGUCAGCGAGGGGAGAUAAUAAAUCCGUCUACUGUCAAGCCUGACACUCACCGCACGUUCUCCUGCCGGUUUCUUCAAUGAAUUUGGUCAUGAAUGAUCACCGCUUCUUUUCUGCAGAACCUCCACAGGCAAUGAGCGGCUUGUUGAGUUCUCCGUAGACGUCCAGCUCUCGGUCUCCCCAUGCCUCCAUCUCCCCUCGACGACAGAAUUGUGGUGGCGCUGCCAAGGCCGAUCCGACCUCAGGAACUUCAACUACGCCUGGACACCAGCUACCUGGACUCCAUCACCACCAGCAGCAGCAGCGACACAGUCAUCAGCACCACUGUGGUGAAGAUACGGGCGACGGCCAAUCUUGUGACGUAUAUGCCCUCAUCCAAGGGCUCCACGCGCUCAUUGUCGUGUGGAUGCAGCAGUGCCAGCUGCUGUUCUGUGACUACCUAUGAGAAGGAUAGCCAGAGCCUCAGCCACAGCCAGGUGAGCGCCAGCAGCCCCAACCUCAGUUAUGCUGGGCCGCCCACCUCCAUGGUCAGCAAACAUGAAGUGCUCAGUGCUCCUAGUCACACCCAGGGCCAGCUGAAGCCCCUAGCCACCCAGAGGGUUAUCAGCCCCAAUGAACUGGCCAAGCGGAUGACCUGCUGCCCACUGGGGCACCCCGUCGGGCCUGUCCCUGUCAUCAUCGACUGCCGACCCUUCUUGGAGUACAACAAGAGCCACAUCCGCGGGGCUGUGCACAUCAAUUGUUCAGACAAGAUCAGUCGGCGCCGGCUGCAGCAGGGCAAGAUCACUGUGCUGGACCUCAUCUCCUGCCGAGAGGGGAAGGACUCCUUUAAGGGCAUUUUUUCCAAAGAGAUUGUGGUUUACGACGAGAACACCACAGACCCCAACAGGCUGACAUCUGCACAGCCACUACAUGUGGUCCUGGAAUCACUGCGGAGGGAGGGCAAGGACCCCAUCGUCCUCAAAGGAGGCCUUAGCUGCUUCAGGCAGAGCCAUGAAAACCUGUGCGAGCACUCGCUGCACCUCCGCGAGGGCUUGGACGUGGGCGCAUCCGCCGGCCUGACGGGGCCUCUACCUCACUCUCUGCCCUCCACCCCGGACAUCGAGAACGCGGAGCUGACCCCAAUCCUGCCCUUCCUCUAUCUGGGGAACGAGCAGGACGCUCAGGACCUCCACCUGCUGCAACGCAUGAACAUCGGCUAUAUCCUCAACGUGACCACACACCUGCCUCUUUACCACUAUGACACCGGCCUGUUCAACUACAAGCGCCUGCCCGCCACUGACAGCAACAAGCAGAACCUGCGCCAGUACUUUGAGGAGGCGUUUGAAUUCAUUGAGGAAGCACACCAAGCAGGUAUGGGCCUCCUGAUCCACUGCCAGGCUGGCGUGUCCCGAUCUGCCACCAUUGUGAUCGCCUACCUGAUGAAGCACAGCUGGAUGGCCAUGACUGACGCCUACAAGUUUGUCAAAAGCAAGAGGCCCAUCAUCUCGCCAAACCUGAACUUCAUGGGACAGCUGCUGGAGUUUGAGGAGGACCUCAACAACGGAAUAACGCCACGGAUCCUCACGCCGAAGCUCAUUGGCGUGGAAACAGUCGUCUGAACGAGCCGUUUUACCCAGUGCUCUCUGCUAAGACUCACGCUGCUGAAUAAACCGGUUAGGUUGAAAGAAAGAGCAGGUAUAUUUUUCUAAGAAAUCUCCUUGACUUCAUCUUAGAGCAUUUUGAGCUCUUACUGAUGUUGAUCAGAGAUGGUAAAGUCAGGAGGAGAAGAAGGGACAAAGAAAAUCGAUUGUGCUUUGACACAAAGAGGGACUGAGGCACACAGCUUGCAGACUCAGGCAGGGUUGGCCACUGCAGUGCCUGUCUAUAUAUAAAUAAUUAUCAAAGAUAAGGACCUGUUUGGAGUGUUAAUCUUGUUCUAUUUUUAUACAGGGGUUUUAAGGAGAUGACCAUGACAAGCCAUUAACGGCUUACUGUGCAAUAAUUACUGCUGAAUGCAACCUUGAUCUAAUAUGUGUAUAUAUUGGUAAUGAUCAAGAAAAAUACAUUUCCAGCUCUUUGCUGAAGAACCAUUUUGAUUUAUGUGUAAGUACUGUUCAGCUCUGUGUUUAUGGUGCAUACAGUUAAGCUGUAAGAUUUGGCGCUGAUCUGUACGAGAGCCAGAAAAAAAAAAAAAAAAAAGGUUUUACUUUAAGUGCAGCUUAUGGGAUUCUGUUUGCUGAAGCAUAACUUCAUAACUUGUGUGUUUUCUUCAGUGUGUUGGUUUUGCCAAUGGUGCAUCUGCGUAUAUUUUUAGCAAUAUGCAUACUACCAGACAGCCGUAAGAGCUCUUUUUAUGCAUGGCUGCUGGUGGAGGAGUAGAAAGAACGCUGAAAUAAUUGGUGAAUAUUGUAAAACAGGGCUACUGGUGAUGUUUAAUGUAACACAAGAGAGGAUUUUCACUGCCUGCUUCGGUCUCUGUUGUUUUUUUUCCCUCCACUUCAUCCGUUAGCCAGCUGUGUUGCUCUGUACCUCAAGUGUACUGUCCAUGUCCAUUUGCAUCCAACCUUAUUUGCAAUGCCCCACGUUCCAAGCUAUUACUCAGCCAAGUUCUAUGGUAGCAAUGCUGAGGUUUGUGC